GUGUCUGAUUGCAUGGAGGAUUUCAUCAUCAUCAUCAUCAAAUUUACGUAAUCUGUUUCGCUUGUUUUGGCGAUCGUGUUCAUCAGCCAUGUAGACAGGUUUGACUCAGUUCAGAGAGCCGAAUCUUUUCAAACUACUCGAUUUCUGACUAGCUACUCUAAGCGAACUGAUAAAACCACAUGUGUCAAACUGACAAUUUGGAGAGAAAAAUACUUUCCGUCUAAGCGAGUGAUAACCUAUUUCGAUAACAGCUCCGAUGAAUGCGUUCCGUCUGUUUGUUUUCGACACAGAACUUUGCACUGAUGUGCGGCUGUUCAAUUCACCACACUCCCUCCUUGUAGCACACAAAGCAAUAGUAGAAAGUAAAAAGGAAUGCAUAAUAAAUAAAGCAAACAGAGAUGUGAGACAAGGAAUAGUAAUAACGAAGAACAAUAUAGUUUCAUUGCAAAUCAUAAGUCACAGGGAGUGGAUUCAUCUGUGCCAGUCAUUGAGAACGAUUUUGGGCCGUAUCACCAAUUGUUUCCAACCAUUGGUUUUUACCGUCCCAGGGACGCCAACCAGUCAGGAAGUCUACACCUUCCUACGUGGCUUAAACUAACU